AUGACCAUCUCAACACCCCCAUCAACCACGCUCUCAGCACCACCAUCACCCACAGAGCUUCCGACAUCGAAUCUCCCACCAGCGGACCCUUUCGACGAAGAACGACUGGACCAGCUCUCGCCGUCGCAGAAACGCAUCAUCAAAACCACAACAACAGUCAUAACGCCGAUCUUCAUGCGUCCCAAGCCCAUCUACAUCAUCGUCGCCACGUCCCUGAAUCCGCCCAUGGGCAUUGGAUUCAAGGGCAAGCUGCCCUGGCCGGCGGUCAAAGCUGACAUGGCGUUUUUCAAACAACUCACCUCGCACGUCCCUGUGGAGGAUGAAGAUGUCGCCACGAAAUGCAGACCAAUCAACGCCGUCGUCAUGGGGAGGAAGACGUGGGACAGUAUCCCGCCGAGGUUUCGACCGUUGGCAGGACGAUUGAACGUGAUCAUCACGCGCGGGAGCCAAAGCGACCUGUCGCAACGCAUAUUGGGGGAGAUGCAAGCCACGUCGGAAGGCCCUGGAGCUGCUCCUCCAGCUCCAGCAUGGGAGACACACCAUCUCGCGGGAGGGAGCGUCAAGGGCAGGUCCCGAUCCAGGACGUCCCAGCAAAGUACCAUUACGGUUCUGACGCCACCAUCGCAGCCACCACCUGGGUCCUCGAAACGGAGCGCAUCUUCGCCCAUCAUGAUCUCUCAAUCUCUGUCGUCGGCUCUGGCGGUACUCUCCUCACCCACGCCCAUCUCUCUAUCAUCCGCCACUGCGGCUCCAACAUCAACACCAACUUCGACAUCCGCCCCACCAUCGACGAUCUCGCUCUCCAUCCACAAAAUCUUCUGCAUAGGCGGCGCCGAAAUCUACCGCCAAGUCCUCGCCCUAUCAUCCCACGGCCCACGCACUCCCACUGGGGGCGCGGGCAGCGAAACCGGCACAGACACCGAAGGCGAAUCCCAAGCACCAGCACAAGCACUACCCGCCAACCCCUUCAAACAAUCCGAAUCCGAGCAGCAUCUGCACUUUGACGUGCGCAUCCUGCAGACGCAGAUCCGGAAACUGGCGGCGCCGGCGCCGGCUUCGACUUCAACUUCAACAUCAGCUUCCGCAUCAACACCUACACCAUCGUCGUCAACCCACCCCUCUUCCGAGCAACGUGGCAGAACAAACUCCAAGGUCGCAAUCGAUUUUGAAUGCGACACCUUCUUCCCGGACCUCCUCCCCUCGCCAGGCUCAGGCGUCAAGUCCGCCAAGUGGAGGCCCGUGCUCCAGCUGGAGAGGGUGCAGGAGUGGAUCGGUGGCGACGAGGCGGUAACUCUGCCCCAGCACGCGGGACGCAGGAAGGAGAGCAUCCAGGAUGAAGUUGUGGGUCACGAGGCGGACUCGGACGAGAGUGAUUGUCACAACGAGAAGGACGGCAAGGAAUUGUGGUUCAGGGACGAGAAGGCCGGCGUGGAGUGUCGGACUGUUGGGUGGGAGAGGCGCUGA